AUACAAAUGCGCGCGCAUUAGCUUUUUUUCAAAUUUUGAUAAUUGCGACUAGUGGAUGAAUAAUUUUUAAAAAUCUUACCGCUGGUAUCAAAACGUUUCGCGUUCUCCGAAAGACCGCUACCAGUACCAAAGAAACCGGAAGUAAGACUAAGACUAAGACUAAUUCUGAAUCCAAGAAGACUAAGACUAGGCUUAGACUAAACCCGAGAUCAAGACCAAGACAGAGCCAGGAAGCAAAAUAUAAUAGGGAGUUAAAUAAAAGACCGAGUGUAAUAGUAAAAAAACAAGCUAAGUACAUGUGACAUGUGAGCCACUUGUACAUAAGAUUCAUUUUAAAGCGAUAAAGAGACAAGGAAGUGAAUAAAAUAUUCACGGAAAUGUCACCUGCUACCGUAAGUAAGACUCCAAACAUGCGGAGACGGUUAUCACGUCGAGAAAAAUGGCCUUUGCAUUUGGGAUUAUUUUUUACGUACAUCCUUAUCCAAUUAGCAACGUCAUCAAACUCGGCAUCGACGUCGCCUCCUGUAGAUUCAACGCCAGCUUCUACGGCACAGUAUAUUUCUACAUCAACAUUUAAAUCAACAACAGCAGCAGCAGCAGCAGCUGAACAGAAGAAAGAAGUAACCCAGGAACCCAAAGUCGUUGAGCCAGCGAAGGAGAAGCCCAAAGUUGAAACGACAUCGGUACCUAAGACAAAAGAGCCCACUAAGAACAAGUCAAAUGAGCGGGAGCCUGUGGUUAAAAAAGAAAUCGACGGUACAACGAAUACGACUCAAGCUCGUACGACUGUUUCUCCAAAGUCAGUCAACCCGACAUGGAGACCUAAACGUGAUAAUUGCAGCGCACCUGCUAUCGAACAAUUUCCCCGACCGCUGAUGGGUCCUGGUGCUAGAAAACACGGUGGUCUUAUCAUUCAUAUCCUCGUGGCAGUUUACACAUUUUUCGGACUCGCGAUUGUCUGCGAUGAUUAUUUUGUCGCGAGUUUGGAUCGCAUUUGUGAAGAAUUGAGACUAACACCAGAUGUUGCGGGCGCGACAUUUAUGGCAGCUGGUUCAUCAGCUCCAGAGUUAGCGACCGUUAUUAUCGGUGUAUUUUUUGCAAAAGAUGACAUUGGUGUCAGUGGAGUAAUUGGUAGCGCGGUAUUUAAUAUAAUGUUCGUUAUAUCAGUUUGCGGUUUGUGCACAUCGACGGUGUCGAAACUCAACUGGUGGCCGCUUUGCCGUGACAGUUUCUUUUACUUCAUUUCUAUUCUUAUAAUGCUCGGGACUAUUUACAAUGAAAUAAUAUCUUGGCCAGAGUCACUUUUUAUGCUCAUCAUGUACGGAGUUUAUUGCGUCGUUUUGUCGUACAACAGUCGUCUUGAACGUUGGGCCAAGUCUUACAAUUUGCCAUUUCUUCCUAAAGACGAUGAGCCUGCAGAAGAAAGUGCACUGGUUAGUUAUAGAUCUCUUCAAGAAGACAGAACGUCUUACACGGGACCUAAUUCUCCUGUCACUGAACAAGUCGCAGCCCAGGGUGGUAUAGGAUUUGAACCAAUACAACAACAGCAGCAGCAACAACAAGCGCCUCCAGCACCAAAACAACCAGAAUAUUACAAAGCGAAAGAACCAGAUCCAAAUGAAGUAUCGCCUCUUGAGCGACCUACUGAAGGUGGACAGUGGGCCCUGUUCAAAUGGGGCCUGGUUUAUCCAAUUCAUUACACAUGUCGCGCAACAAUGCCUGACUGCCGACAGGAAAAGUGGCGUAGCUGGUAUCCAUUUACAUUCUGUAUCUCUAUGAUAUGGAUUAGCUUCUACAGUUACAUAAUGGUCUGGAUGAUAACGAUAAUUGGCAACACAUUGGGAAUUCCGGAUACGGUAAUGGGCUUAACAUUUGUGGCCGCCGGUGUGAGUGUCCCUGACGCUCUAUCCUCUUUGGCUGUCAUCAAAGAGGGACUUGGUGAUAUGGCUGUUAGUAACGCAGUCGGUAGCAAUGUCUUUGAUAUCCUCGUGUGUCUUGGACUACCCUGGUUUAUCCAAACUGCCAUGAUUCAACCUGGUUCUCAUGUCAAUGUCACCAGUAGAGGUCUUACAUACUCAACUCUGUCGCUACUAUCAACUGUUGUCUUUCUCGUGGUCGCGACUCAUUUGAACGGUUGGAAAUUAGAUCGAAGAUACGGCGUGAUCUUGAUGAUAUGGUAUCUUAUUUUCAUAAUAUUCGCUUCACUAUACGAGCUCAAUGUCUUCGGUCAAAUGAAUCCACCAGUUUGUCCCAGCGUAUUUUAAUUAUUUUAUCAAUUAGACACGUCGUUAUCAUCAUCAUUAUCAUUACCAUUGUCAUUACUAUCUCCAGAUCAACUAGCAGUUAUGAGUUUUAAACAAGUGCCCCUCGAAAUUGAUGGUUAAAUUUAAUUAAAUGGAGAUGGUUGUAAUUUAAAUACGUAAAACUAUUACAGUCUAGAGAGGACUUGACACUUUAUCAGUAUUAAGUUGUCUUGAUUAUUUAAUUUUAUUAAUUAUUAUUAUUAUUUAAUAAAAAAAAUGCCUAUAUGGAGGUCACACGGAGAAAAAUGAAUGUAAAAAAUGUAGGAAUUUUUAUUCUGCUGUCGAGAAAACUUAAAAACGGAAGUUGAGUCGCAAAAAAUUAUUAUACUGCACUAAAAAAAAUAUUAUAGACUUAAAAUUUACACUGGAAAAAUUGAGAGUAAAUUCGAAGUGAUGCCGGAUUUUUAUUCACUCGGAGUCCCGGAGUUUAAAAAAAAAUUACUCUGCAUACAAAGUAAAUAAGGACUUUCUUUUCAGUGGAGAGAUUUGGAUUUUAUUUCAAUUCGCAUCCACUUUUAUUCGGAGAUUUAGUAUUAAAAUAAACUCCCUUUAGGAGUGAAUUCCACUCCGACUUGGAGUUUCAUCCAAAUUUAAUUCCAAGAGUAUUAAAUAAGUAUUCAUUCACUCCGGAUUUACUCAGCUAAUUUUUUACAGUGAAUUGAUAAAUAAAAAUUAAAAUUCGUAAAUUUUUUAUCUCAAUUUUUCUCGU